AUGGUCGGAACGGCUCUCAGCCUUUUGAUUCGUGCUGAGCUCAGCCAACCUGGAUCUCUCCUGGGGGAUGACCAAAUUUAUAAUGUUAUUGUUACCGCACAUGCCUUUGUCAUGAUUUUCUUUAUAGUAAUGCCAAUUCUCAUCGGUGGCUUUGGAAAUUGACUAAUUCCACUAAUGAUUGGGGCCCCAGAUAUAGCAUUUCCACGAAUAAACAAUAUAAGCUUUUGACUCCUGCCACCCUCAUUUCUACUAUUACUAGCCUCCUCUGGUGUUGAAGCCGGGGCUGGAACAGGAUGAACAGUUUACCCACCGCUGGCAGGUAAUCUCGCCCAUGCAGGUGCAUCCGUUGACCUUACCAUCUUUUCUCUUCACCUAGCAGGUGUAUCUUCAAUUCUGGGAGCAAUUAAUUUUAUUACCACAACAAUUAAUAUGAAACCCCCAGCCAUUUCACAAUAUCAAACACCCUUAUUUGUCUGAGCAGUCCUUGUAACCGCCGUUCUUCUCCUUUUGUCCCUGCCUGUCUUAGCUGCUGGGAUUACUAUGCUUUUAACAGACCGAAACCUAAAUACAACAUUCUUUGACCCGGCAGGAGGAGGAGACCCAAUCCUAUACCAGCACUUAUUCUGAUUCUUUGGCCACCCAGAAGUAUACAUUUUAAUUUUACCAGGAUUCGGGAUUAUCUCACAUGUUGUAGCCUACUACGCUGGUAAAAAAGAACCUUUCGGCUACAUGGGAAUAGUCUGAGCUAUGAUGGCCAUUGGCCUCUUAGGCUUCAUUGUCUGAGCCCACCAUAUGUUUACGGUCGGGAUAGAUGUUGACACCCGUGCAUACUUCACAUCUGCUACAAUAAUUAUUGCUAUUCCUACAGGUGUAAAAGUCUUUAGCUGACUGGCCACCCUUCACGGGGGCUCAAUUAAAUGAGAGACCCCAAUACUCUGAGCUCUAGGAUUUAUCUUCCUAUUCACAGUGGGUGGACUUACCGGGAUUGUUCUAGCUAACUCAUCCAUCGACAUUGUUCUCCACGACACAUAUUAUGUAGUUGCUCACUUCCACUAUGUACUCUCAAUGGGUGCAGUCUUUGCUAUUAUAGCCGGCUUUGUACACUGAUUCCCACUAUUUACAGGUUAUACUCUACAUAGCACAUGAACUAAAAUCCACUUUGGGGUUAUGUUUUUAGGUGUCAACCUCACCUUCUUCCCACAGCACUUCCUUGGCCUUGCAGGUAUGCCCCGACGGUACUCAGACUACCCAGAUGCCUAUACACUGUGAAACACAGUCUCAUCUAUUGGAUCUAUAAUUUCACUAGUAGCUGUAAUCAUGUUCCUAUUUAUCUUAUGAGAAGCCUUCGCCGCUAAACGGGAAGUCCUAUCCGUAGAACUAACCGCAACAAAUGCCGAGUGACUCCAUGGAUGCCCUCCCCCCUAUCACACAUUUGAGGAGCCAGCAUUUGUUCAAGUUCAAUCAAAUUAACCGAGGAAGGGAGGAGUUGAACCCCCUUGUGCUGGUUUCAAGCCAGCCGCAUAACCAUUCUGCCACUUCCUUAA